GAACCAUGAUAUCUGUUGCUUAUUUCAACAUUCAAAAUGUUAGAAAUGAGAGUGUUCGUUCUUUCAUGUGCCCGAAAGAGUUAUUCACAUGAGGCUGGAUAGGACCUUACAAGGUUGUCACAUGAUAUAUGAAUACUUACAAUGUUGAUGUGCACCGUUGCUGGGAUUGGCAAGGCAAGCUGUAGCAAAACAUGGGGCUCAAAUCUGUUGGAAGUGCAACAUGGCUGGACUUUGCAGAGAUUUGCUGUCUCAUCAAAAUGGACUUGGAGAGAAAAAUGUGCCUAGCAGCAUUUUUAAAGUCAGAAGAGCUUUGGUGUCAGGCUGAAUUGAAAAUGAGAUUCAUGCGGCUGCAAUAGAAUCCGUGCAAAGGCGAUGUUUCCCUUGCAAAAGGAAAGGGAUUGCCUGUAUGACCAUAGUUGGCUUCAGCACCAUGAACACACCCUUCUCAUUGCCCAGCAGCUGAAUUGCACAGCAUAGCUGGGUGAGCUGGUACGUUAGUCACCCACCUUGGGAAGCAACCGGUGUUACUGUCAGGUGGUGUGCCUGGCACGUGGCUGCCCUGCCCGAAAUCACCGGGGAGAGACGUGGGCAAAGGGUAGGUGCAGAAUCCUAAUGGGAUGCUUUCUUCCCUUGCUUGGGGUAGGAACAAAUGACUCAGCUGUGCAGACAGUGAAAUUCUCAUCAGUGGUCUUCAGAGUAAACAAAUUAGAUGUGAACUUUGCAGACCUGUACAGACAGCACAGCACUGAGCCUCUCUUACUGUGUAUUGUCAGUAUGCAGGCAGAGACGAGGGGGAGACAGAAAUCUGCAUAGCUCCACUGGCAGGAAAAACAGCAAGCCAAAAGAUACACAGCAAUUCAUGCCUGCUCCUGUUUGUCUAGGAACAUCUGGAAUAGUUCACAGCCACUUCAUAUUAGGUGAAGAAUUGCUACUAAAAGAGCAUGAGCUUUCUUCCCCGCCCCCAGCUGUGGGUUGGACUUAAAAGGCAUAGUAAACACUAACAAAGAUCUUUGGCCAAGAUGUAUUCUUAACUCCAUCCUCAAUUACAGCAGGAUGUGAUGGAACAUAGCAGAAAAAAUCCACAAUAGGUAUUAAUUAUAAUCAUUCUUAUUAUAAGAAAGAAUUUUUUUUACAGUGAGAACAAUUAAUCACUGGAACAACCUCCCCAGGGAUGUGGUGGAGUCCCCAUUGCUGGAGAUUUUCAAGAUGUGACUGGACAGGGUGCUGGAUAAUCUCAUUCAGGCUCCCUUUCCCAUGAAAGAUUGGACCAGAUGACCGUUUGAAGUCCUUCUGACCGGGGCUGUUCUAUGAUUUUAUGGUUAAUGCUUUUGUAUUUCCUUAGCACAGCUCAGCUUAGGGUCUCAGCUCACUUUCAAAGACUCAGGUCUUGGAAGAGCCUGAAGGUAUUUGUGCCUUAUCUCCAUGUUGCAGAUUUCUGUUACCCAAGGUCAGAACAGGACUCAGUGGAGGACGAAGGAUUUAACUCAAAAUCCCUCUUGAUGAGAAUAGAUCCUGCCAUAGGUUUGAGCCUGCCCAGGCAUAUUUUGAAAACGGUAAUUCUGGGCCAGAUGCUAUCCUUGUUUAUCUGUGGGACUGCAGUUACAAGCCAGUACCUAGCAGAACAAUACCAAGUGAAUACUCCAAUGUUUCAAAGUUUUAUCAACUAUUCUUUGCUUCUUCUAGUUUAUACAACAAUGCUGGCAUUUAGGACUGGCAGUGACAGUCUUUGGCAAAUUUUAAAACAGAGGUGGUGGAAGUAUAUUUUUUUGGGACUGGCUGAUGUUGAAGCCAAUUACACGAUUGUAAAAGCCUACCAAUACACGACCCUCACAAGUGUGCAGCUGCUGGACUGUUUCGGGAUUCCUGUGCUGAUGGCUUUGUCGUGGUUCGUUCUCCGUGCAAGAUACAGGCUGAUCCAUUUUAUUGCUGUUGCCGUCUGUUUGCUGGGUGUAGGAACAAUGGUGGGUGCAGAUAUUUUGGCAGGAAGGCAGGACAGCGAAGGUAGUGACGUGGUGAUUGGAGAUGUCUUAGUGCUUCUUGGUGCUUCUUUGUAUGCCAUUUCUAAUGUGAGUGAGGAAUACAUUGUGAAAAAUCUGAGCAGAGUGGAGUUUCUAGGAAUGGUGGGCUUGUUUGGGACUAUUAUCAGCGGUCUACAGCUAGCCAUUGUGGAACAUAGGGAGAUAAUGAGAAUUCAGUGGAACUGGAAAAUUGUGUUACUGUUUACAGUCUUUGCCCUGUGUAUGUUUGGGCUGUAUAGCUUCAUGCCAGUAGUGAUUAAAGUUACCAGCGCAACCUCGGUCAACCUGGGUAUUCUGACUGCGGAUCUCUACAGUCUAUUCUUUGGGCUUUUCCUCUUUUUCUAUAAGUUUUCAGGUCUUUAUAUCCUGUCCUUCGUUAUCAUCAUGGUGGGCUUCAUCUUGUAUUGUUCCACUCCAACUCGGACAGCAGAACCCACCGCUUUGCCGCAGCCAAGCAGCACCGGCUUGGACAAUGCUGCACUGAAACUCGAGGAGAAUGACAGUGGAACUCCGGCCGCAACCGUACAGGUCACAGGAGAAGAAACUGUGGUGGUCAGCACUGAUUAAAAAAUUGGCAGCAUUUCAAAAGAGAGCUUUUUUUUUUUUAACUGCCAAAUUUCCCUCAAAUAUUAAUCUGGAGAAUUGUUCUACUGCCAAGGUAUAUGUCAUGCUGUGCUGGUUUUAAUGCACUGGAUGGACUUUUAAGGCCAGAUCCUCAAUCAGUGAAACGGUAUUGAUUUACCCUUGCAGAAAAUCUGGCCCAUAGAAGAAGAGAAAGUAGUAUUUAUGUGGAGUCCCUGGCAAGUGAGAGACUGUUAUUUUAAAAUUCUUAAUUAACUUAACAGCAAAUGCUUGGGGAAAAAUCUAAGCCAAAGCAAGCUCUCGGGUCACUGACUGGAGCAAAUAUGUUUUAUAUUGCAUUAGGGACCUAAAUCUGCAAGAUGCUAUCUGGGGGCUUCAUGGUUCCCACACCUCAGUACCGUCAAAUAGCAUCUUGCAAAAGCCACUCAGCUUCUCACAGGCUCUAGUUCUGCAAGCCGUAUUGCAUACAUACACCUUCCAUGCGCUGAUGGACUUCAUUCCUCUGCUGGAGGAUUUGCUGCUUACAUUCCACUCAGAUGUUCGUCUCUUCAUAUUACUGCACUCCCUGUCGCAGCUGGGGCUGCUACAAGUAUUUUACAUUGCAUUUUGUUAGUAAGAGAAGUUUCAAUAUGUGUUUUCAUAAUCUCUUCUUUUUCUCUGUCAGUGCCCUGUUGUUUGGUACAUUCCCACUAGGUGGAGAAGACAAAGUCAAGCCCUUGCUCUGUUCAAUAAGGAGUAAACGUGGGGUUUUUUUUUUCUGGAUGAGACAGCAGAAGGGUUUAAACUGAAAAGUGAACUUCUCCCUUAAAUGGGACACAUUUCUGCAGGAAGAUUUGAAUAAAAUUGGCAUUUCUUAAAUAAAAAGAAGCAUCUUAGACAACCCUUGUUGCAACAAUAAUGACAUAAUCUCCAAAAGGUUAAGUGUUUUCAGUAGAUUCAUUGGCAGUUUCCCUUCCCCUCUUCAUAUUUACAGUAAAUGAUUAAAAAAUACGAGGCUACAGUUUUAACAUCAGUAAAACUAUACUGGGAUUUUAUUUUAUUUUUUUGUACAAACCUUCAUAGCUCAGGUGUAUGAAGUAACAAAAGAAUAAAGUUUUCAG